UUUCCCCUCUCUCUCACACCAUGCAAAAGGCGCUACACUACCGGAAUCUGCUCCCCUCCUCCGCCGGCGGAUCCGCCAUUCCGCCGCCCGGAGACAACCAAUCCGGCUCCGUUAAUUUGAGAAAAUUAGUGGCGGACAACGCGGUGGUGGUGUUCGCGCGGAAGGGCUGCUGCAUGUGCCACGUGGUCAAGCUCCUUCUGAACGGCCACGGCGUCAAUCCCACCGUUGUCGACGUCGACGACCACAACGAAGGCGACGUCACCGAUCAAUUGUCGAGGAUCGUCGGCGCCGCGCCGCAGUUCCCGGCCGUGUUCGUCGGCGGAGAACUUUUCGGAGGGCUGGAGCAGGUGAUGGGAGCUCAUAUCUCCGGCGAAUUGGUGCCGCGGUUAAGAGAAGCUAGGGCUUUAUGGCUUUGACGGAGAUCUCUUUCGAUUUAAUACUCUCUAUUUUCCCCCUUUUUUUCUUUUUUCAAUUUAAUGAAAACGUUUACUUCGAGAUUGACUAGAGCAUAAAUGGAGAUCGGAAAAAUGAUGUAGAUAAUCGUGGGUUGAUUUUUGUACAUAGUGUUUGCAUUAGUUUAUAUAGGGAGUCUUCAUCAACUAUAAUUUUUAAUAAUUUUGAUUUA